AUGACGCCCUUCGUCAUCAACAUGAGCACGAUAUAUGAGAUAUUUCCCAUCAACCUCCCCGCACCUCUGAACUGCACUCAAGCCAAUACGGCAAGCAGGAGUAUCAGCGCUGGGUGGGUGUUCUUCGUCCUGGCGAUCGCCUCACGGGGCUCUCUGAUUGUUGUCGACUCGCUGGCCGCCGCCGUCACCUGGCGCCAAACACGUGCAGCGAUUAAGCAGACUCGGACAGGUACCGUCGAGAGGCCUUCGCUCGAGCAGGUGAUGUGGCAGAAUGGAAUUGUGUAUUUCUGUGUACUGGUUUCCAUGAACGUGGUGGACAUGGUGCUUAUCUUGCUCUCCAUCGCCAUACCACCAGAUCAUCAGUCCUCCUACAUGGUGUACUUUGUCGACCCAAUAUCCUCCAUCCUGAACAGCCGCUUCCUGCUGGCUCUCCACGAGACAAAUAGGCGGCUCGAAGGGGCGACUGACAUGUCCAUAGGCUCUCUCUCUAUCAACACCGGCGGUGGCGGCGACCCGGAGUUCCUCGGCAUCAUCGGCGGCUCGAUUCACUCAAUUCGCGUCCACGACGAAGACCUGGACUCGCUUGAAUUUGCGCUGCCCGAGCGAGAGCGGGAGGAGGAGCACCACAUCGAACCCGAAAGCGAAAUUGGGGAAGGUGGUGGGGGCACGGCGAACCUGGCCUGA